AUAAAUUGAGAGGACAAGAAAGCAUAUGCCUUUUGAGGUCACAUUCUUCAAUUAAAGAGGCACCUAAUUUUUCCUGUGUUCCCAUGGAAACAAAGGGUGGCCAAAAUCACCAUCAACAAGAAUCCCCCACCUUCUUGAAUCCUCCCCCAAAACCAACCAUGGCAGAGACCAACAACAAGACCCCUGCAGAGAUCAAGGAUUUUCAAAUUAUGAUUGCAAAUAAAGAUGAUACCAAGAAGCAACUAGCACCCAAAAGAAGCUCCAACAAAGACAGGCACAAGAAAGUGGAUGGUAGAGGAAGAAGGAUAAGGAUGCCAGCUCUAUGUGCCGCAAGGAUUUUUCAAUUGACAAGAGAAUUGGGUCAUAAAUCCGAUGGAGAAACAAUUCAAUGGCUCUUACAGCAAGCUGAACCAUCGAUUAUUGCUGUAACUGGUACUGGGACGAUUCCUUCCUCAACUCUUGCAGCUGCAGGGGCUUCUGUUUCUCAACAUGGAAUCUCUGUUUCUUCAGGAUUGCAUACAAAGAUGGAAGGACUGGGACCGAGCAUUGGGUCCAGAGAAAGGGCCAAUUGGACAAUGAUGAGUAGUAACUUGGGAAGAUCUAACGUAGCAAGUGGGAUGUGGCCCUCAGUGGGUGGAAUUGGGGCAGGUUUUAUUUCAAAUGCAAGCCAGUCAACACCCAAUUUAGGAAAUGAAAACUCCAAUACUUUGCCAAAAUUUGGGUUCCAUGGUGUAGAAUUUCCAAAUAUUAACAUGGGUUUGAUGAGUUUUUACUCCAUGUUUAAUGGUACUAAUCUGCAAGUUCCAGGUUUAGAGCUUGGGCUUUCUCAGGAUGGGCAUACCGGGGUGUUUAAUUCUCAGGCUUUAAGCCAAUUCUACCAGCAGAUGGGACAGAGCCGCAGCAGCCUUAAUUCCUUCAAUCAUCAACAACAGCAGCAAAAUCCUGAUGAGGAUUCUCAAGGAUCAAGACAUUAAAAAAAACUAUGAUGAGUUUCUGAUGGAAAAGGUGACUUAGUAAAAGGACUCAAUUAUCUCCCACAGUUUCUCCUUGUCUGUGGACUAAGAAAUUGAGUGAAAUGAAUUGGGGAUCUCAACAGUUUUCUGAUACUGAGUAUUGGGUGCCAGCUUCAGUCCUUUUGAUCAGCAGUUUCAUCCAAGUCUGCAAAAAACAGGUUGAAAUUUGAAGAGUUCAUGGUUUGAGGAUUGCAUUUGGGUUUGUUUCAUAUAAACAUUUUUGCAGGAUUUGUUAUAUAUAUUGCAAAAAUAUUUGUACUUUUAGGCAUGUUUUCUCUCUUUUUUCUUGCUUAUCUGAAUCAAGUACCACUCUUUUCUUAAAUCUCUUAGAAAUGUUGAAAAAAAUUUCCAAGUAGGAUAUUUUUGUGCCAGCUAUAUGUACUGCUUAUCUAUGGAAGCUAAGGAGUGCCAAUGUCGUCUCAGGCCUUUAAAGUUUUGGGUUUAAAUUUUAAUAGAAGCCGAAUAGGCAUUAUUUAUUCUCAA